AUGGCCGCCUCCAGGCUUGCACAAUAUGGCACGAAUGUGGCCAAGGGUGUCGGCAGGCUCUCAACUGAGGUUAUGGAGUCUGGGUCCGGCAGCUACGUUACGAUGAUGGGUGGGCGCAAAUACCUGGACUUCACAUGCGGCAUCGGCGUCACGAACCUGGGCCACUGCCACCCCGCUGUCACCAAGGCCGCCCAGGCGCAGACCGGCAAGCUCGUGCAUGGGCAGAUCAACAUCGCCUUUCAGAAGCCCAUGCUCGAACUCGUCGAGAAGAUGCGUCCCGUGAUGCCCGACAAGUCUCUGGACACCUUCUUCUUCUGGAACUCUGGUGCGGAGGCUGUCGAGGCCGCAGUCAAGCUGGCCCGGCAUGCCACCAAGAAGCAGAAUAUUAUUGUCAUGCAAGGAUCUUACCAUGGCCGCACUUUUGGGACUAUGGCCAUGACGCGCAGCAAGACUGUGUACGGCCAGGGCUAUGCGCCGCUCAUGCCCGGUGUGUUCUCUGUCCCCUUUCCGUAUUGCGCCCGGUGCUCCAUUGCCGAACAUGCAGGCGGCAAGUUUGGGUACGACAACUGCUGUAUGGAUCCGAUGCUUCAGCUGGAGCGUCUCCUGAAGCGCGAGACGGCACCGAGCGACACGGCUGCUAUCGUCAUCGAAACCGUGAUUGGAGAAGGCGGCUACGUACCGCCGCCACCCGGCUAUCUGGCGAAAGUCAGGGAGCUUUGCGACAAGAACGGCAUUCUGCUCAUAAUGGAUGAGGUUCAGUGCGGCUAUGGACGCACGGGCAAGAUGUUUGCGGUGGAGCACUACGGUGUUCGUCCUGACAUCUUGGUCAUGGCAAAGGGGAUUGCGAACGGCUUCCCGCUCUCCGCCAUUGCCUCGCGAAAGGAACUCAUGGACAUGCAACCGCCAGGAAGCAUGGGCGGGACCUACGCCGGGAAUGCGGUUGCGUGCGCGGCUGCUGUUGCCGUUCUGGACACUUUCAAGAGCGAGAGCAUUCUGGACAACGUCAAUGCGCGGGGCAAGGAGUUGAGGGAUAUGCUUGAGAGCUGCUGGAGGGACUCGAGGACGGGAGGUAUUAUCCAUGACGUCCGCGGGUUGGGCUUGAUGCUAGCGCUGGAGUGUCAAGACGGGCAUGGCUAUGCGAGCAAGAUCCAGGCAAAGUGCAUGGAGAAGGACCUUCUCUUGCUCACGACGAGUAUACAUGACACGAUCAGAUUCAUCCCGCCGCUCAACAUCUCGGCUGAGGACAUGGCAAAGGGCUGCCAGAUCAUCAAGCAGGCGAUAGAGGAGGUGGCCGAGGGAGCUGAUCCCAAGGAGACGGCAACGAGAGGACAGGCGCCCGAGUGA